CGCUUCAGACCGCGCCGGCCGCGCUCCCGCUCUCACUCACACGGGCUCCCGCUGCACCGGCGCUGGACAUGGGCUCCGCGGGCACCCGGCCCGCUCUGGCGGCUGCUCUUCUCUGCCUGGCCCGCCUGGCUCUGGGCUCGCCCUGCCCCGCCGUGUGCCAGUGCCCGGCGGCCCCACCGCAGUGCGCCCCGGGCGUGGGGCUGGUGCCGGACGGCUGCGGCUGCUGCAAGGUCUGCGCCAAGCAACUGAACGAGGACUGCAGCCGAUCGCAGCCCUGCGACCACACCAAGGGGCUGGAGUGCAACUUCGGGGCCAGCCCCGCCGCCCUGAAGGGCAUCUGCAGAGCACAGUCCGAGGGAAGACCGUGUGAAUAUAACUCCAAAAUCUACCAGAACGGCGAGAGCUUCCAGCCGAACUGUAAACACCAGUGUACGUGCAUAGAUGGAGCUGUGGGCUGCAUCCCGCUCUGCCCGCAGGAGCUCUCUCUUCCCAACCUGGGCUGCUCCAGCCCCAGGCUGGUCAAAGUCCCCGGGCAGUGCUGCGAGGAGUGGGUCUGUGACGAAAGCAAGGAUGCACUGGAGGAGCUGGAAGGCUUUUUCAGCGAAGAGUUUGGUCCGGAUGAUUCCGAAGGCGAAUUAACCAGGAACAAUGAGCUGAUUGCCAUUGUGAAAGGAGGCCUGAAAAUGCUGCCCGUUUUUGGGUCCGAGCCACAAAGCCGAACUUUUGAGAAUCCCAAAUGCAUCGUGCAAACAACCUCUUGGUCCCAGUGCUCAAAGACGUGUGGAACUGGCAUCUCCACCAGGGUGACAAACGACAAUCCUGACUGCAAGCUCAUCAAAGAGACCAGGAUAUGUGAAGUGAGGCCAUGUGGCCAGCCCAGCUAUGCCUCCCUAAAGAAGGGAAAGAAGUGUACCAAGACAAGGAAGUCCCCCUCCCCGGUGAAGUUUACUUACGCUGGCUGCUCCAGUGUGAAGAAGUACCGGCCCAAGUACUGCGGCUCCUGCGUGGAUGGCAGGUGCUGCACACCCCAGCAGACCAGGACUGUCAAGGUCAGGUUCCGCUGCGAUGACGGGGAAACCUUCACCAAGAGUGUCAUGAUGAUCCAGUCCUGCCGCUGCAGCUACAACUGCCCACAUGCCAGCGAAGCCUAUCCCUACUACAGACUAGUCAAUGACAUUCAUAAAUUCAGGGACUAACUUGUGGUGGGGGUGGCAUGCAAAACACAAUUUCGAAGUACCCAGCCAUGGAGAAAGGACUUUUGAUGGAAGUGGUGCCUUGCCCAUUUGAGGGCAACAUCGAGAUGUUACAGGAGUGCACUGUGCAACUGGACACUAAUGCAACAGAGAUUUAAGCAUACUUAAAGCUUCAUAAUAUUGGAGCAACUUUACUGCUUCUUUUUGGAGCACCUUAUCUAAUUAUAUACUGUUUUCUGUUUGUAAGUGAUCAGAUUAAUGUUUUGUUCCGGUUAUGAAAACUUUUCUGUCCUGUUCAAUUUAACACUCUGCUUCUUCCCCUUCCUUCAGUCUUCUCCCACCCUUUCCCAACUAAGUUGGAAGUUACAUUCCUUCCUGAGGUGGGCACCUGUGGGGUGUUCACAGUGGCAGCUAUUAUGUACCAACUGUAGUUUAAUGGCAAACAGAAAUCAGUUGUUUUAAAGCUGAGUAUUUUAUUUAUCAAACUGUAGCUUUUUGUUUGUUUGUUUGUUUCCUCUGAAGUUUUUUUUUACCCCUUCCAGCCCCUGUAAUACUGGAAUAAGUUGUAAAUGAUUUUAAUUUUAUAUUCAAUGAAUUAAAAGAAUUUAUUUAUGGAAUUAAUCAUUUAAUAAAGAAAUAUUUACCUAACUACUCUUAGUAGAGUAUUCUGAUAGGCAACAGGCUUAAAUACAGCACAUGCAAGAGGUUUCUGUAAAAACUUGG